AUGUUGCGUCUCCCUGCUGUUCGUGCACUGCGCGCGCCUUUGACCUCGGUUCCGCGCUCACUUCCCGUCCGUUCGACCUCUGUUCAACUGCGUACUAUGGCUGUGGCUGCUGGUGUUGGUAAGGGUGAGGACAACGUGCGCCCCCCGCCUGAUCAAGUUAUCCAGGACAUGGCUGACUACGUCCACAACUACGAGAUCACUUCGGACACUGCCUACAACACGGCUCGCCUGUGUCUCCUGGACUCGUUGGGCUGUGCUAUGGAGGCACUGCGCUUCCCGGCCGCUCGCGCGGUGUGUGGUCCUGUGGUUGAGGGCACCGUAGUGCCGAACGGUGCGCACGUCGUUGGUACCGAUUACGUGCUUGACCCGAUCCGUGCCGCGUUCAACAACGGUGCUUUGAUCCGCUGGCUGGACUUCAAUGACACCUGGCUCGCGGCUGAGUGGGGCCACCCGUCGGACAACCUCGGUGCUAUUCUUGCCGUGGCUGACUGGAUCUCGCGCACCAACAUCGCCAACGGCAAGCAGCCGCUGACCGUCAAGGAGGUUCUCACGGCUGCCAUCAAGGCGCACGAAAUCCAAGGCAACAUGGCCAUCGAGAACAGUUUCAACCGCGUGGGUCUCGACCACGUUGUUCUCGUGAAGGUUGCCAGCGCUGCCGUUGUGUCGAAGAUGCUCGGCCUUUCGCGCGACCAGACCAUUGACGCCAUCUCGCAGGCGUUUGUGGACGGCCAGUCGCUGCGUACCUACCGCCACGCCCCGAACGCUGGCUCGCGUAAGUCGUGGGCCGCCGGUGACGCGUGUGCGCGUGCCGUGAACCUCGCUCUGCUUGUGCAGAAGGGUGAGGGUGGCUACAACUCGGUGCUUACUGCCAAGACGUGGGGCUUCUACGAUGUUCUCUUCAAGGGUCAGGAGUUCAAGUUCCAGCGCCCGUACACCUCGUACGUCAUGGAGAACGUUCUCUUCAAGCUUGUCCCUGCUGAGUUCCACUCGCAGACGGCUGUGGAGGCUGCUGUGCAGCUGCACCAGAAGCUCAAGGAGAUGGGCAAGACCAGCGAUGACAUCAAGAGCGUGAAGAUCCGCACGCAGGAGGCGGCUAUCCGUAUCAUCAGCAAGCAGGGCAAGCUGAACAACUACGCUGACCGUGACCACUGCAUUCAGUACAUGGUGGCUGUGCCGCUGAUCAAGGGUAGCCUGGAGCCGAGUGACUACACCGAUGAGUUUGCUGCUGACCCGCGCAUUGAUGAGCUCCGUGAGAAGACCCUGGUGGAGGAGGAGCCUCGCUACACCAAGGAGUACAUGGAGCCGGAGAAGCGCUCGAUCGGUAACGCUGUCUCGGUGGAGCUCAAGGACGGUACUGUCCUGGAGGAGGUUGCGCUUGACUACCCGGUGGGCCACGCCCGUCGCCGUGACGAGGCCGUGCCGCUGAUUGCCAGCAAGCUCAAGAAGCACCUGACUGGCUUCCUGGAUGAGAACCGCCAGUCGAAGAUCCUUUCGCUGCUGACGGACCACGACUCGCUGGUCAAGAUGUCGGUGAACGAGUUCGUUGACCUGUGGACCCAGAAGGCGUAA